AUGAAAAGCGAUUACUUAAAUUAUCACAUUCCCAAGGAAGAUGAAAUAAACAGCUUUUUAGACAAUGUUGAUACAGUUACCACAAAAAUAAAAAAUUUAUUAGAUGGGAAAAUAAGCAUAGAAGAAAUUGAAAAGGAAGAAAAUAUAAUAAAACUUGAAAAAAGAGCUAAAGAAAUAAAAAUAGAAGAAAAAAAAGAAAAAGAAAAAGAAAAUUUUAUCAUGGGAAAAAAAGGAGGAGGUGAUAAAGAUGAUUAUCUAUAUUUUUGUAAAUCAUGUUUAGUCGAAUAUAAUUAUAAAUUAGAUUUUUGUAAAAGAUGUAACAAAAGUGUUAUAAGUAAAGAGGAAAGGAAAAAAGAAUUAUUUGAUAAAGUUGAAAAUUAUAAACAUUUAAAAAAUAAAAGAAAUGAAAGAAGGGAAAUAUGGAAUAAAUAUUUAAAUUCAUGUAAAAAUCAAAAUAAUAAAAAAACUACAAAUUAUGAAAAAUGGAAUUAUUAUGAACCAAGUAGUGACACAUUUGAUGAAGAUGAAAAAAUAUUAUGUUUACCAAAACAUGAUUCUAAUUUUCAAAUUUUAGAAAAAAAAAUAGAUGAAGAUAUUAAAAAAAGAAAAAAAAAUAAACAAAUAGCUAAUCGUAUAAAAUUAAAUGGAAAUAAAUAUUUUAAAGAAAAAAAAUAUUCACAAGCUAUUGAUUGUUAUAAUCAUGUAAUAAAUAUAUCUAAAGAUUAUUUAGAGGUUUAUAAUAAUUUAUCUUUAUGUUAUAUUAAAACAUAUCAAUAUGAAAAAGCAAUAGAAAAUUGUAAUCAUGUUAUUGAUUAUUAUAAUGUUUUUAAUUCAAGCUUUUCUAUAAAUAAAGAUAUUUUAUUUAAAGCAUAUUUUAGAAAAGGGUUCUCAUUUUAUAAAUUAUUAAUAUUCGACAAAGCGUUAAAAAAUUUUGAUUUAGCAAUCACAUUUCAUAAUUCUGACAUCGAAAUAAUGGAAUUAAUAAAUAAAUGUAAACUUAUAAUUCUUGAUCAAGCAAAAUAUAAUAACAUAAACAUAGAUCAUGUUGAGAAUAUAUUUUUAAGAAUCGAAAAUCUAGACAUAAUAACAAACGAUGAAUUAUUUUUGAAGGAAUUAAAGAAUCUUAAACAAAUCGUAAAAAAAAAUGAGCUUGAGAGGUUGAAAUUUUGUUCACAUGUGUGCAAAAAUGAUGGAAAUGGAAAUGAUGAAAAUCAAAAUAAAAAUGAUGGAAAUGACCAAAAUAUAAAUGCCUCUAGAGGAACUACCUUUUUGCUAUACCUCUCUAAAAUAUUUAAUAAAAUAAUGAUUUAUAUAAAUAAUAAAUUUGGAAUAAAUAUUUUAUCCCAACAUAUGACAAUAUUAUAUAAAAAAAAAGAAUCUAAAACUACUAAUGUAGAUAAAAAUGAUAAUAAAACAAUAAAAGAUAUGUCUAAAAAUUUAAUAAAAUGUUGUAUAAAAUUAAUUGAUAUAGUAAUGAUUGUAUUAAAUAAUAAUUAUUAUUAUUCUGAUUUUUGUAUUGAAUGUAUAAAACCUAUUUUAACAUUUUAUUUUAUAAGAAAUAAAUUUAAUAAACUAAAAUGUACAUAUUUUUUACACUCGAUUUCAAGAAAUGAUAAUGCAAGGAAAUAUAUUGAUCAACAUAUUUUACAAAUUAAUAAUAUUGUAUUAAAAAAUUUUUUAAUUCUUAUAAAUAACUAUAUACAAAAAGAAUUAGAAAUGUAUGAUGAAAAACGAAUUAAAAAAUAUGAAUGUGUAAGAAAUAAAAUGAUUGAGUCAGGGAAAAUAUUCAAAUUUGACAUUAACGAGGAAUAUAUUAUUAACCCUCCAAAUUGUAACGUCUUUAAAAAUAGCGAAAAAAAUAGCGAAAAAAAUAGCGAAAAAAAUCACGAAAAAAAUCACGAAAAACAUAUAAUAAAUAUGUAUAAAGAGAAAUAUGAAAUUAUAAACUUAUUUGGUAUCUUAUCAAAUUUAACACUCAUUCCUAAUGUAUUAAAUAUUAUAGAAAAUAACUUUUUUAAUUAUAUAUUAAAUAUAGCUAUUUAUAUUAUCGAAUUAUUUUAUUUUUCUGAACAAACUGUUAAUAUAUAUUAUUUAUCUUUCUUUAUUAGUAUAUUAAAAAAUAAAAAAAUUCGAUCAUUUUUUAUUAAUACAAUUUUAGAUGAUAUAUUAUAUUUUAUUUCAAUUGUAGAAAAUAUAGAUAUUCUUAAAAGUCUAUUAACUAUUCUACUAAAUUUAACAGUCGGAUGGAAUGACGAAUUUGCUAUUUCGACAACUAGCCAAAAUACACAUAUUCCUAAAAAUAAAACUAGCCAAAAUACACACAUUUUAAAAAAAAAAAUUAGCCAAAAUUGUUUCAAAAAAAUUAUUAUUUUAGUUAACUCAAAUGAUAAAGAUAUUAGAGAUACAGCUUUUUUACUUUUGUCUAGAUUUUAUUUAUAUUCCUAUUUUGGUCAUAUUAUAAUAGAAGGGGUUUCUACUAACGAUCAAAUAAAUAUAUUAGAAAAUGAAAACUAUCAACUAAAAGGAAAAUUAUUAAAAAAUAAAAUAUUGAAAGAACAUGAAAUAGCAAUAAAACUUGAUGAUAAUACAUUGUCUACUUUUAUAAAUAGAAUAUAUUCUUUAUUUAAAAAUAAAACAUAUAUAGAAAAAACUUGUAUAAAUUUUGUAAGCAAUUUAUCAAAAUAUACUAAUUUUAUAAAUAUUUGUUUAUUAACAAAAAAUAAAAGUAAUAAUAUAAUAUAUACUUAUUUUUAUACCAUUUUAAAAUAUAUUAAUUAUAUAUAUUCCGAAAAUUGUGGAAAUGAUGUGGAAAAUGACAUUCCCAUUGUUUUUAAUAGUACUAUUAUUUUUUUUAUACAAUUACUAAAAUAUUUUUUUAUUACAAAUAUGUCUAAUAAAUAUGAAGAUAUCAUCCAAAUUAUAAAAAAAAAUAUUCCUUAUAUAGUUACCAAAAUGGAUAAUGUCGAAAAAAAAAUAAAUAAAAAUAUCUCUAUUUUUCUUUCUUAUUGUUUCCUAACCCCCGAAUUAAAACCAGAGAUUAUGAAAAUAUACUCUAACGAUGCAAAUCAAAUAUAUCGCACCCUAAUUGGUUAG